AUGUACCCUUACAAGGUUCAAUUAGUGCAAUCUUUAAAACCAGCAGACUUUCAGAAACGACUAAAUUAUGCUGUCAGGUUUCAGAGAACUGCAAGAAAUGACAAUGAGUUUAUUCACAAGUUGAUCAUGGGAGAUGAAGCUCAUUUCCAUUUGAAUGGACAUGUGAAUAAGCAAAAUACCAGAUUCUGGGGCUCCGAAAAUCCACGCCAAGUUCAUGCGAGUCCAUUGCACCCGGUUAAAGUCACAACAUGGUGUGGAGUAACAUCAGAAAGGGUUAUUGGGCCCUUCUUCUUUGAAGAUGAAAAUGAAAAUGCUGUGACUGUAACUGCUGAGAAAUAUCGAGACAUGCUAGUGAAUUUUGUUCAACCUCAGUUAGUAAACAUGGCAGGGUAUUGGUGGCAACAAGAUGGAGCAACUGCACAUACUGCUAGAGCCACAAUGCAGUUGUUAACUGCAAUGUUUCAGGAUCGGAUAAUCUCUCUUAAUUCCGAUUUUGAAUGGCCUCCACGUUCUCCUGAUUUGACCGCUCCGGACUUUUGGCUUUGGGGAUAUUUUAAAGACAAAGUGUAUGCAAAUAAGCCCCGAACUAUUCAAGAAAUUAAGGCAAACAUACGACAGGAAAUUCUUUCCCUACAACCUCAGAUGUUAAGAAGUGUUAUGGAGAAUAGCUUAGAAAGAGCUCGACUUUGUGAAGACGAGAAUGGAGGCUAUUUAAGAGACAUUAUCUUUCGUGACUAA